AUGGAGGCUGUAGAGCCGGCGGUGGUGGUGAGCUGCGAGUGCUGCGGCCUGGAGGAGGAGUGCACCGGCGAGUACAUCGGCGGCGUGAGGGCCUGCUUCGGGGGCCGGUGGCUGUGCGGGCUGUGCUCCGAGGCCGUCAAGUACGAGGCCGGCCGCAGCAAGCGCGCCGAGGCCAUGGGCGUGGAGGAGGCCGUGCGGGCGCACAUGGCCUUCUGCGGCAUGUUCAGGCGCGGCGGCCCCGCGGAGCGCGUGACCGAGGGCAUUUGCCGGAUGCUUAGGCGCACCGCCUGGGAGAAGCACCGGGCCACCUCGUCGUCCUCGUCGCGGCCGACAGCGCCGGCGACAGUGGCGUCAGCGUCAGGGCACCACCGCGCCUCGGUGCCGUCCGCCUGAGUUGAUGUCUGCUUCUUGCAACAAGGUGCAUGCUUCGGACAAGUAUAUGCUUAUACGAAUGCUUAUAUGCAUGUCAUGUGAUGGUAGUAUAUCUUGUUUUGAAUCU